AAUUGGUAUCAGCAACUUUGAUAUAAGUCGCUGUCAAAGUCAUAUAGCCAUCGUUUUCAUCCAUUUAAGCAUAAUUACGGACUGCAGCUCUGACUGCCUGUACUGUGUGAUAUAUCCAGUCAGUAUUUUCACUUCGUCAAGAUGCAACCAACAGAUCACACAGCAUCAAGCCCUUGGUCUUCUCUAUCACAGAACUGGUUCCGUCCUACUAUGAAUUCCUCAUUUUACGCCGUCCAGGGAAUGUCUCCUGACUCAUCGAGAAACAUCAAUCGUUUAACAGAGCACAUGAUGCAUAGCCCCACUGCCGGCGAGAGACCCACUUCUCGAAUGCCCCAGCAUCUAAACGCCUUACCCCAUACAUUCACUUCAAGCUACUACCCCUCGGUCAACAGCUACUAUUCUAUAAGCCCAGGAUGCCAAGAAGUGGGAACCCGGACAAACCCUUAUCAUGUCCUUGAACAUGGCGGGGCAGGCGCGGCAGAUGUGGAACGUUUGAAUCAACUUUUUGAGAAAACCAAGACUGGCGGUGUAGUGGGAACCACAGGUGAGACAGAUAAUCUUGGACGACGGAACUACAAAUUUUAUUGAUAGCCUAUUGAUUCACAUGUAGUUAAUCUAAUAUUUUUGUGUAGAAAUCUAUUUAUUCACCGACCAUUUGUCUAUAAUGUACCAAUUACAUAAAAAGGCAAUGGGAGGAAAUGAGAUAAUUUUCCGUAGACGCCCAAAACUUGAACUUCGGACACGAAAAAUCACACUUUAAAACUCAGAUAAAGAAGGCUGUGAGGAAGGAGUAAAAAGGGAAGUGUAAAUCAGGUAUUAUUCAUUUUUCUUUAUGAACAGCUGACAAAGUUGUUUGGGAAUUCCGCAUAUAGUUCACACUGAAAGCUACUAAGAGACCAAAAUAUAGUGUAUGGCUUUUUUCAUUAUCAUAAGAAGACAUCUUCAUUGCGCCAUAUUAUCAGUUUUGUGCUGCGACAUGUAAUUUGCAAAUGUAACGUCGUGGUUUCCAUGCUAUGGCGAAUAAGCCCAUUUUUAGCGAUGACUAAGUUGAUGUUUUUAAUAAUUCUACGCUGAUCAUCAAGAAUCCUUUAUACCACUGAGUCAAAGCAUGUGAAGUUUCAGGCUUGAAUCGUGUUACCAUUUUAAGAUCAGUCGAGCCCCCCAAAGUAAAGGAUUGAUAUUGUAUUCAAUGGUGCACGAGGCACUUGACAAUUUUUUUCAUCGUCUUGCCGAAAACUUCUCUGAACAAAAUUCCGGCUCGUUAUUUUAGAGCUAACGAACCAUUUGAGGCGUAUUCGCUUGUCCGCAGAGUUGAAAAUGCCAGAAAGAGGUCGCUUACAAGAGAUGCCGCCAAAAGGAGGUUCGGUUCUACUUAUUUCGUUUGGAAUUGGUUUCUCUCUUUGUGUAUGCUUUUAAUUUUGAGAAGUGUGGGUAGGAAUGGUGAAAAUUAAAGAAGAUCUAGCCCAAAUUUCAAUUGGAGAAAUUUUUGAAAUUUUUUUUUGUGUGUGUUGACGCCUGAUUAUAAAUAAGGAUGGUUCGGGAACACUUGUAUGUCAUGCAUGGCCAGCGCUCAUAGUCCUGGCAAAGAAUAGAUUGGCAGUGAUUUUUAUUAAUAAAAAAAGUACUAUCUGCAGGAAUAUAAUAGAACAUCACUUAAGGUACGUCACCAUUUGUGAACAUCAGGAACAGUAAGUGCGCCAUACUUAUCAAACAUGCUUUCUGUGCCCCUUGUAAAUACUUGACCAGACAAAAACUUUUAUCAAAGCAUAAAGCAAAAGUACAGGUCAUGUAUGGCAAUCUUCUUAUGAUGGCAACUUGGCAUUCAGAUCUCGUAGGCGUGUGGUCUUCGACAAGCUCCUAAGUAUGAAUUGGAACUUUCUGGCAAAAUGUUAGAAUGGGAUUUUUUUUACAUCUCGUUUUCGCUUUUAUAAAAAAAUUCUUAGCGAGCAACUGUCAUUGUAGUCAUGAUCACGUUCUCUAGAAUUUACGAUCGAGGCUAACAAGAAUGGAUUGAAAAAGAACAAAAAACACACACAUAAGGAAAGUAACAAUUAAUACCUUACUCCCCUUUUCACUAGUUAAGUUAUUUUUUUAAAAAAAGGAAGUCAGUAGAACUGCCUGUUAACUAUGCUGUCUUUUUCUUGGAAAAUUGACCCGUACCGCGUGUCAGUUGGCGGAGAAUGCAGCGCGCACUUACAAAACAAUAUAAUAUGAAAUAUUAUUGCAUUCGAUGCUCAUGAAGGUGAUUAUCAUCUACGGUUUCUUUCUGUGCAGACCUUUCCCCUCGAGUGGAAGACAGAAAUGGGCUCCGCUACAUCAACGACAAGAUUAUCAGGCCUCAGCGAGGACGCACCGUAUUUUCGGCCAAACAACUGCACGAGCUGGAGAAAGUUUUUGUCAACGAUCAGUACAUUUCUGGCCAACAGAGAAGACGACUGUCCAGUCAGCUGGGAUUGACAGAGACACAGGUUCGCGUCUGGUUCCAGAAUCGGCGGAUAAAGUGGAGGAAACAAAAAUUAGAACGAAAAGUAAAAGCGUGAACAGGAUAUAGUUUAAGAAUCAGCCUUGGCAUCAUUAAGGCGCCUUAAUAUUAUACAGUGUGUUUCGGAAUAAGGAUCAUUUACUGAUUAACAGCUGUGUCAAAAUAAUUUUGUCCUCUGUUUUAACUAAAAAAGUUCAUUUUCAGGUCAAUUUAAAAAUAACCCUGCUAAUUAAGAACUAUUUAAUGUUUUUCAGAAAUUAUCAUCAGACACAAUGCUUAAUGAAAUAGUAUAUCAGGUUCAAGAUUCACCGAUUCGGAUCAGUAUCAUCGACUUACUGUCUCUUGCCCGUUAUAUAUCAGUUGUGAAGCUGAUAAGCAGGCAGUUAGUUUAUGAGCUUUUUAGCAUAAUAUUCGCCCUGCAUACCUAGGGAAGAGAAACUAAUUAUAAGUUUUGGGAGGAAACUGCGAUUGUCAGGAUAUUAGGCAUGCCGAUGAUUGUGGGUAUACGACGUCAACCGCCACCAGGCGCAGUGGGAGGGGCGAAACUUC